AUGAAUCCUAAAAAUAACAAGAGUUCAGAACAACCACCACUCACUCGCCGCCCAUUAUUAUUACCAGAGUCAUCAUCAUGUCAUCAUGCCAUCGUACCCAACAACAACAAUGAAGAAACUGCUGACCCAACCAUCGUGAUGACAACCAAAAACAUUCCAUCAUCCAUCAUCUUUUAUCAAUUAUUAUCCUUUCUCAAGAAAUAUGAACAAACAUUUAAUUUAAUAAAAAAACAAAGAAUAACAGAACAAACAAACCAUCACGAUUCGUUCAUGAACCAUGAUCAUGAACAUUCUCAACAACAACAUCACCAGCAGCAUGCUAUGAAUGAUCACAUCCUUCACUCGUCAUCGUCGUCGUUGUGCUGUACAACCACUACCAACACUACCACAACUCCAAUCCAUCCUACCACUUGUAACACAUACAACAAUACCACUUGUAACACAUUCACCAACAACAAUACCACUUUCAAUAAUGAAGAAGAGAAAAUUGUUGAUUUCUUUAUUUUUGAUCAUUUCAAUACAACCAUUCCAAAAGAUGAAUGGAAAGAACAAUUACUUUCCAUGUCCACAAGUGAAUUAAUUGAAAUGUCACAAUAUCAUCAUGUCAAUGUUAGAAAAGAUUCUUCUCUCAAUGAUUUUGUAAAUGAAUGUAAACAAUUAAUGGAUUUAAUAGUUACAAGUAUGAGUGGUAAUGAUGAUCAUACUAAUCAAGACAGUAAUAAUAAUAGUAGCAGUAGUAGUAUUAAUAAUACUAAUAAUACUAAUAAUACUAAUAAUAAUAAUAAUAAUAAUAAUAGUAAUAAUAAUAAUCAUCACUUCAUGGAUGGUCAUGUCAAUAAUAAGAGAAUACGAAGAAACAACAAGAAAUCUCUUUCAAGUAAUACUUGUUUAUUAGAAAAAGGUUUAAAUAUUAAAAAAAAGUAUGAAAUUGAAAUACUAAGUCAAUUGAUUAGAAAUCUAUCUAAACAAUAUCAUAUUAAUAGUAUAUGUGAUAUUGGAGGUGGACAAGGAUAUUUAACACAGAAAAUUCUUAUUGAUCAAGAAUUAGAGAAAUGGAAUUCAAAUAACAAUCACUUGAAUAUCAAUUCUAAUAAUCCUUCUUCGAAUAUCAAUACAAAUAAUAAUCACUUGAAUAUCAAUUCUAAUAAUUCAAAUUAUUCUUCGAAUCUCAAUUCUAAUCAUAUUUCUCAAAUAUCACACAUUUAUACUAUUGAUUGCAAUCAUUAUUUAACACAAAAUGCAACUAAAAGAAUUAAAAUGAUUCGAAGAGUAUUGAACAAUCAAUUAUUAAGAAGAGAAUCAAUUGAUUCAUCAUUGAAAACAGAUAAGUGUAAUGAUCAUCAUUCAUCUUGUGAAUAUAAAGCCAUCACUUCACAUUUAUCCUUUACUUUGAAUGAUGAAGAAUUUUCAAAAAUAGUACAAGAAUUAGAAUUGACAUUAUCUAAUGAGAAUACUAGUAAUAAUAAUACUAAUUAUAGAAAUACUAAUAGUAUUAACAAUAAUAAUAGUACUAGCAAUAACAAUACUAAUACUAAUAAUAAUACUAAUAAUAUCACAAAUGGUUAUAGCAUGAAUAGUCUUAGAAAUGACAAUGGUCACGACAGUGGUCAUGAACAAUUACAUCAUCCUCACAAUGAUCGUCGUCUUGUCUUGAUUGGACUUCACACUUGUGGAUCUCUUGCUAGUUCGAUGAUUAAAUUAUUUUUAGCAUCCAACAAAUGUCAUGCCAUGAUUAAUAUUGGAUGUUGUUAUCAUAAAUUAUGUGAAGGACAAAGUUUUCCAUUAUCAUCCUCAUUCUAUCAACAACCGACAUCACAAUUCACACCCAUCUAUUUAUCCAAUUUAGGAAAAUCAAUGGCAUGUCUAAAUCCAUAUAUCUGGAAUUCAAAAGAUUUAAAAUCAUGUCAAGAACAAUUUCGAUUGAAAAGUUAUAGAUAUGCAUUUCAAUACUUGUUAUAUCAAUGGAUGGGAUAUGAUGCAAUUAAGAAUUUAAUUAUUAGACAACCAUCUAGAACAAAUAGUAUUGUAUCAUUUGGAAGAUUUACAUUUUAUACUUUACAAAAUCUAUUACAAGACUAUCCUGAAUUGAAGAAUCAUGAAAUAUUCUCUUCACUUUCUUUCAUGAAUAAUCAAGAAUUAUUUGAAAAGACAUAUAAUGACUAUUAUUCAAAGGAAUUUCAACCAUGUCCACAUACGGAUAUUGUAAAGAAAGUGGAGGCAUGUUGGUUUUUUAGAAGUUUGAUAGGACCAUUGUUGGAAUGUUAUAUUUUACUGGACCGUUUAAUCUAUUUGCAGAUGCAACAAGAAAUUCCAUUAGAGACUGCUUAUCUAAAAAGAAUAUUUGACCCAUCUCUCUCUCCAAGAGGUUUUGUGUUGGUGGCUGUGAAAAAAAUCAUUCAAUAA